GCGCUGCACACGGUCCCCUCGCCUCAGCUCACCUCAGACACCGACGCCUCAACGCUCCUCGGUCCCGGUCGUCCCCGAUCUCACCUCACCCACCCGCGGCAGCGCCUCCCCUCAGCUGCCGGACCGCUCUCCCGGCCUCUCGCAAGCCACCCUCGAAUCUCUCUGCUGCAGAAGAGAGCAAGCUACGUUGAGAAGAGCUUCACUGUGAGAUGAGGUUCUAGUAUGUACUUGUAACUGCUAUAGUAAUCUGGACUUUGCACAGGAGGGGGAAGAGCCUGACAUUCCUGAAAAUGGCAGCUGAGACAUCCACAGAAGUUCCAAAAACUGCUAGACAAUUCGUCCUUAAAGAAGAGGUAAUCGUAGAAAGAAAAUGGUUGAAGCUUGAAGAAACAACUUACACUGAUCCCUUUGGUAAAACCAGAACUUGGGAAACUGUAAAGCGUACUGGCAACAAGAAGGGCGUUUCAGCUGAUGGUGUAGCAGUGAUAGCGGUGCUACAGAGGACUCUGCACUACGACUGCAUCGUCCUGGUGAAACAGUUCCGGCCCCCAAUUAACGGCUAUUGCCUGGAAUUUCCUGCAGGCCUCAUUGAGGAAAAUGAGACUGCGGAAAGCGCUGCCUUGCGAGAGCUGGAGGAAGAAACCGGGUACAAGGGGGAAGUCGUUGAAUGUACUCCAGCUCUCUGCUUGGACCCAGGGUUGUCAAACAGCUCGACACACAUCGUGAGCGUCACCAUUAACGGAGAUGAUGCUGAGAAUACAAGACCCAAGCAAAAACUCGAUGACGGAGAAUUUGUGGAAGUUAUUUCACUUCCGAAGAACGACCUGCUGCAAAGGAUUGACGAACUCAUAGCAGAAGAGCACAUUGCAGUGGAUGCCAGGGUCUACACUUACGCCUUGGCCCUGAAGCGUGCGGCAGAAAAACCGCUCCAAGUCCCUUUCAUGAAGUUCUAGAACCGGACGAGGAGAAAUCGAGUUGAAAACUGCCUAAUUCAGAUGGCUUAGAAGUCUAACUCUUCUUGUAACAAAGGUCCUCUGCUCUACUUGUAGAGCAAGGAAAAAAAAAAGCAUUUGUAGGAAUGAUUCUGAUAUUUUUAUCUGGAAUUAUGUAACUAUCAAAAAGCAUUUCUUCUGACUGCUCGGUCUAUCAAGUCCUGACAGAAUAAUCAUAAUAAAAACGCUGCUUAAUUUUCAGAGUG